CACGCGUGACGGCUCAGCAGCUCGGCGAAUGUCCGCUCCCGACAUAACGGGACAACUUGGAGCUCCCCCGGCAGGAUAUUCGCCGACUUCUCCAUGCUUCCCGUGGCCGCAUGCGAGCGCCUGUCCCCGGGCUGAGAAAUGCUGAUGAAAUGAGGAAGAAUAGAGGAAGAGGGCACUGGCGAAGGUGCGACCCUCGUUAGACGCACACCACUAUCAAGCAAGUUCCCCCGCCAUGGCCAACCACUCGGAGCUGAUCCAGGAGCUGCAGCAGCUGGACAAGGUGCCCAGUCUGGAGAGGCUGCGGGCGGCACAGAAGCGGCGCAGCCAGCAGCUGAAGAGAUGGGCCGUCUACGAGAAGGAGAUGCAGAGCAAGAAGCGCAAGGCGGACAAGAAGGGACGAAAUGCCAACGGUUUCCAGCGUGACCAGUCCAAGAGGCGAGUGUCAUUUGCCGCCAGCGUGGCGCUUCUGGAAGCCACGACUCGGAAUGACCCAGAAGAAGUGCGCUAUUUGCUGAAGAACAAUGUGAGCCCAGACCUCUGCAACGAAGACGGCCUCACCGCACUGCAUCAGUGCUGCAUAGACAACUACGAGGAGAUGGUGAAGAUCCUGCUCAUCCGAGGCGCAAACGUUAACGCUCAGGACAAUGAGCUGUGGACGCCGCUGCACGCCGCCGCCACGUGUGGCCACGCGGACCUCGUCAAGCUCCUCAUCGCACACGGAGCAGAUUUGCUGGCGGUCAACUCUGACGGCAACAUGCCCUACGAUAUUUGUGAAGACGACCCUACACUGGAUAUCAUCGAGACAGCCAUGGCCAACCGAGGCAUCACCCAGGAGAUGAUCAACGAGACACGAGCUUCAACAGAGAGGAGGAUGCUGGGAGAUAUCCAAGAGCUAGUAAGGUUGGGAGAGGAGGUCAAUCAGCAGGACUCUCAAGGAGCCACACUGCUGCACAUUGCAGCAGCAAACGGCUUCAUGCAGGCUGCCGAGCUGCUGCUGGAAGGAGGCGCCGGCAUGGACCUGAGGGACUCGGACGGAUGGCAGCCGCUCCAUGCCGCAGUGUGCUGGGGUCAGAUGCACCUAGCUGAGCUGCUGGUGUCUCACGGAGCCAGUCUCAACGCCAAGACCUUCCUGGAGGAGACGCCCAUCGACCUGUGUGAGGACGAGGAGUUUCGAAGCAUCCUACUUGACCUCAAGCACAAACAUGACAUCAUCAUGAAGUCGCAGCUCAAACACAAGACCUCCUUGAGCCGGAGGACGUCCAGCGCGGGCAGUCGUGGGAAAGUAGUGCGGCGAGCCAGCCUGUCGGACAGACACAACCUUUGUCGCAAGGAGUACGAGACCGAGGCCAUCGUGUGGAGGGGAGGGAGGGAGGAGGACAAGGAGAAGGAAGCAGACCAGCAGGAGAACGUUCAGGUGAUGCCUGUAGAAGUUGUAGAAGUCCUCAAGCAGCCCCAGCUGCCCGCCAUCCUCAAAGAAGGCGGCACCAAACCAAACGGCAUCAUGGCCACGUGGUCGUGCACGGGGCCACAGCCCCCCGCCACGCUCCCAGGCGAAAAGGGGCCCGGCGAGAGACCUCAGACUCUGUCCGAGCUGAAGAAACAGAGGGCGGCGGCCAAAAUUUUGAACCACCCGUUGUUGAACGGCCACCUUUACAACGGGUCCACGGACUCCUUCGGCGACGCCAAAGCCCACUCGGAUGACCCCCGCAUGCCUCUGGUGUCGUCCAACGGCAACGCCGUUUUCUACACGCCGGCCAGCGGCGACCCGCCCCUCCUCAGACUGAGGCAGCCACUAGAAGAGGAGCAGCCCAAGUCACGCACCUGCUGCUGUGUAUCAUAGCGCCCUCGUCAGGUGAAAGGAGGUGUUUGCACAGGAGAGAAGGUGAAUGCAUGAAUGUGUCUCUAAACUGUCACUCACUCACUAAGGCUGCGUUCACACCUUUUCUCUGCGUGUGGACAUAAUCGUCUCAACUACCCAUUGACCAAUAGGUUGUGUUCAGGGCCGAUGCCGGGCUGAUCACCCAACUCUGGAGGCCAUAUUCAGUCCGAGUAAAGGUUACUUCAACAUGAAUAGUAGAUGUCAGUAAAGAGCUGGACAAGGCUUUAAGGCAGGGGUGACCAUUGCGUGCAUGGUGAGCUAGCGGUGGAUGGUGGAGGGUGUGUCAGUCCAUGGUGGAGGGUGUGUCAGUCCAUGGUGGAGGGUGUGUCAGUCCAUGGUGGAGGGUGUGUCAGUCCAUGGUGGAGGGUGUGUCAGUCCAUGGUGGAGGGUGUGUCAGUCGAUGGUGAAGGGUGUGUCAGUCGAUGGCGAGCUAACAGUAGAUGGUGGAGGGUGUGUCAGUCGAUGGUGGAGGGUGUGUCAGUCGAUGGUGGAGGGUGUGUCAGUCGAUGGUGGAGGGUGUGUCAGUCGAUGGCGAGCUAGCAGUCGAUGGUGGAGGGUGUGUCAGUCGAUGGUGAAGGGUGUGUCAGUCGAUGGCGAGCUAGCAGUAGAUGGUGGAGGGUGUGUCAGUCGAUGGUGAAGGGUGUGUCAGUCGAUGGCGGAGGGUGUGUCAGUCGAUGGUGAAGGGUGUGUCAGUCGAUGGCGAGCUAACAGUAGAUGGUGGAGGGUGUGUCAGUCGAUGGUGAAGGGUGUGUCAGUCGAUGGUGGAGGGUGUGUCAGUCGAUGGUGGAGGGUGUGUCAGUCGAUGGUGGAGGGUGUGUCAGUCGAUGGUGGAGGGUGUGUCAGUCGAUGGUGAAGGGUGUGUCAGUCGAUGGCGAGCUAACAGUAGAUGGUGGAGGGUGUGUCAGUCGAUGGUGAAGGGUGUGUCAGUCGAUGGUGGAGGGUGUGUCAGUCGAUGGUGGAGGGUGUGUCAGUCGAUGGCGAGCUAGCAGUCGAUGGUGGAGGGUGUGUCAGUCGAUGGUGGAGGGUGUGUCAGUCGAUGGUGAAGGGUGUGUCAGUCGAUGGCGAGCUAGCAGUGGAUGGUGGAGGGUGUGUCAGUCGAUGGUGAAGGGUGUGUCAGUCGAUGGCGGAGGGUGUGUCAGUCGAUGGCAAGCUAGCAGUCGAUGGCGGAGGGUGUGUCAGUCGAUGGCGGAGGGUGUGUCAGUUGAUGGCGGAUGGUUUGUCAGUCGAUAGUGGAGGGUGUGUCAGUCGAUGGCAAGCUAGCAGUCGAUGGCGGAGGGUGUGUCAGUCGAUGGUGAAGGGUGUGUCAGUCGAUGGUGGAGGGUGUGUCAGUCGAUGGUGGAGGGUGUGUCAGUCGAUGGCGAGCUAGCAGUCGAUGGUGGAGGGUGUGUCAGUCGAUGGUGGAGGGUGUGUCAGUCGAUGGUGAAGGGUGUGUCAGUCGAUGGCGAGCUAGCAGUAGAUGGUGGAGGGUGUGUCAGUCGAUGGUGAAGGGUGUGUCAGUCGAUGGCGGAGGGUGUGUCAGUCGAUGGCAAGCUAGCAGUCGAUGGCGUAGGGUGUGUCAGUCGAUGGCGGAGGGUGUGUCAGUCGAUGGUGGAGGGUGUGUCAGUCGAUGGUGGAGGGUGUGUCAGUCG